GGAAAAACAAAACUUUGUCAUCAAACAGUGAGAAGUGGAGAAUAAUUCAUUUGUCAGUAUUGUAUCGAAAUCUUUUUUGUUUGCUUUAAUAGUUUAUUAAAGCGUUUAGUUUUAUUUUUACAAAUUUUAAGUGUGCGGUUUUGUUUUUUUGUUUCGUUAUAGUCUUAAAUUAUAAGUGUUAGUAUUUGGUUGUGCCCUAAGGAGGCCAUAUACAAAGUAAAAGCGCCAUUUUACGACAAAAAAAUUAAGAAAAUUUCGUUAAUAAAGGUGAUUGUGACGUAUGUUUGUGGGCAAAAUGAAUGCCAAAGAUAUAUUAAUGCGCGCAGUGCAAUGUGAUCAAGCCGGACGAAUUUUGGAGGCACAACAUCUGUAUCAAGAUGGCAUACAAAUACUUAUGGAUCUGGUUGGGGACGAAUCGGAUGUGGCAAAGAAGAAAGUGUUCUAUGAGCGUAUUAAGGAGUAUAUAGACCGCGCUGAACAAAUUAAGGACCGCGUACAGAAGCAUGUUAUCCGCGGAGAGUUAGUCACCAAUAAACCAAUAGAAGACAAUUCUACGGGCAACAGUUAUCAAUCGUUGUUCGGGCAGUACCUCAAUUCGGACGUAAAAGAGGUGCUACUUGAGGAGCCAUAUCUGUACGAGAAGUAUCAAUUUCAGAAUCUUGUAACAUUCUUGGAGUUGUUGGUAAAAAACUGUCGCAACCUCAAGUAUGUGAGAGUGGUCACAAAGACUGAUACCAAAGCACCGGAGAACCAAAGUAACGUGCUGGAGCAGAUUAGAGCGGAUAUGUCAAAACGUAAUGUAACUUUAAGCAUAAAAUUCGAAGACACUUUGCAUGACCGCAAAAUUGUCCUCAGCAACGGUUAUAUUAUAAAGAUUGGGCGUGGUUUGCAUUUCUUCAAGGCUACUAAUCCGUUAUACAGCCUGGGCUUAUGUGAUUAUGAUUUUCGCAAAUGCUUGCAAACUGACGUGGACAUUUGGCGUACCAGAAACUUCAUUGCCUGAAGCUGAUAAAAGUGCUGCACUAAUCACUGACUCAUCGUUAAGCGUUUAACAGACAUUUUUACAAUAAUUUUCUUAUGAAUUUUUUAUGAAAUAAGAAUUUUAUUUUUUGAUAAAAGAAAACA